AUGAAGCCAGCAGAGAUCAGAUUCUCUCUACAGAGACCUCUACAGCACAGAGAUCCAGACAUGGCACCUACAAUCACUGCAGCAAUGACCGAUUCUCAGGAGCAUCUGACUCUGACCCACAAGCUCAGAAAGCCUCUGGUGGAGAAGUUACGCAGAGAGCGAAUCAACAGCAGCAUUGAGCAGCUCAAGUCUCUCCUGGGUCCAGAGUUCCUCAAACAGCAGCCAGACGCCAAGCUGGAGAAAGCAGACAUCCUGGAGAUGACAGUUUGUGUCCUGAGACGACUGCAGCAGCAGAAGCAUCAACCUGCGCACUCAACAGCUGUCAAUCAAGGCUACUCCAGGUGUGUCCAAGAGGUGACACACUUCCUGUCCAAGGAGGAGGUGGAGACACAGUCCCAGAGAAGACUGCUGAAGCACUUCAACAAGCUGCAGUCUUCCUCUGAUAACAACCUGAGAGAGGCUGACUUCUCUCUUCUGAGCUCCACUGUCCAGACCAGCAUCACCAAAGAGAAGAGUCCAGUCGACAGCGCCGUCUGGAGGCCGUGGUAGACACCUACAGACUGGAGUUACUACCAGACUAACUGAGAUGACCACAUUGGUCAAAGAUUACUGGAAAUGAAUUCUUCUGAAUUCUGACAUUUGAUGAACUUGUUCUUCUGUUUGUACAGAAGGUUGUAUUUUGUGUAUUUUCUUUGUUCAAGAUGACAUUUCCUGAGGAAAUGACAGCAACACUAUCUUUCAAGUUCAGAAAGAGAACAUCUUGUCAUGCAUGUUGCAUGAACCAAAUCUGAUUGCAUCAGCAAUUAUUAUUAUAUCUCACUGUACUUCAUGUAUUGGUAGUAUAUAAUGUUAUGGUAACAUUUGUUAUCUUUUGAUUGUUAUUGAUCAUAGUGAUCAACAAUUUAAAUGUCCUCUUUAUUCACAUUUUGUCAUAAUGGACUUUAAUCUCUCUGAUUAAUCAAAACUGAUCUGUUGUUAGAUCCAAAUGUUUCUCCUUUUCAUCUAAAAGUUUUGUCACAAUUUUCCUGUGAUACUUUUAUGUCUCACUGCACAUCAUGUGUUGGUACAAUAUAGUGCACUGAGAUAUUUAUUACCUUUUGAUAGGUAUUGAUGAUUUUGAAUUGAUCAAAAUUCUUACCUGUUCUUUUUAUGGACAUUUUGUCAUAAUGGACUUUCUCUCACUUUAUGUGAUUAUUGAAAAAUGAUCUGUUUUAGGAUCAAUAUGUUUAUCCUUUUACUGUAAAGGUUUCUUUAAUGUCAUAUUGUCACAGUUUUCUAGCGACAAUGUAACAUUUUAGAAUCAACUGAAUUCAGUUAAGAACAAUGUGACCUGUUGUAAGGUCAGUCUUUAAUAUUGUUUCGUUUGUUCACUAAAUGCAAAUGUGUUAUAUAUAUUGUUAAAAUACAGUGAGUACUGUGUCCUCAAAUAUUGUAAAUUGUUUGUCUUUUAUAAAGACAGUUGUUCCUUUACUCUCUCUGAGUACAGUGUGUCUUGUAGAAAUCUACAAGUUGUUGUUGUGAUGUAUCAUCACCUCUAGUUGGAGCUUUCAUACUUUAUGUGGCUCAUUGUGCCUUGUUGAAUAAACAAACACUGCCAGCUGAAAA